UUAAUCACCACACCUCCCCUGCCCUCAUUCCUCUCUUUUUCAAAUCAUUUUCAUUGUCAAAACUCGACACAAUAAAAUUAUUCAAAUAUAUAAAGAAGAGACAAGAAAUUAAUCAUCGAAGCCGCUUUUCUUCAACCUCUUUCUCCUUUCUCACUUGUUCGUGUAUUACCAGUACAACAACAAAUAAACAAGUUGUUCAUCCGUGAACUUGUGAAAAAAAGAGAUUGAGAAGACAUUUGUAAAGUUCGUAGUCGAUCGCGUUUCCCGUGAUAUUCUUGAAUCAACUUCAAUUGCGAUCAUAUUCAAGAGUUGAUUAAGAUGACGCCGAAGAAAAUGGUACGGCUUAUAUCGGCGAAAACAAUGUCGUGGAGUAGAGACGAUGAUGAUGAAGAAGGGGUGCAUAGAACCGGAUCAUCGAAUCACGAGGAGGAUUACAUGGUUGAGAGGCCGAGGGAAAGGCUAAAAUCGUCGAGGGGAAAACAAUUUGAUAUGCUUGUUAAUGAGUUGAAUCAAGGCUCGACUGAGUUUUGUCGGGAGGGAUUGUUUGAUGGUCUUAAAGAUCUUUAUCAUGGUCUUGCUAUUCAUCCUGAAAAAAACAGGUGGUACAAAGCAUGGGACAAGUUUAUACUAUUAUGGGCAGUUUACUCUUCUUUCUUUACACCCAUGGAGUUUGGAUUCUUUUGCGGACUACCAGAGAACCUCUUUGUCUUGGACAUUGUUGGACAAGUAGCUUUCCUCGUCGACAUUGUUCUUAGAUUCUUUGUUGGAUACAGAGAUAAACAGACUUAUCAUAUGGUCCAUAAACGCCGUUCUAUUGCAUUCAGGUACUUGAAAUCAACAUUUAUCCUCGAUUUGUUAGCUUGUUUCCCAUGGGAUCUUAUUUACAAGGCAUCUCACAAAAAAGAAAUAGUGAGAUACAUGCUGUGGAUCAGGUUGUGCCGGGUACGCAAGAUUACUUUCUUCCUCCAGAAAAUGGAGAAGGAUAUAAGGAUCAAGUACCUUAUUACAAGGAUUAUAAAGCUUCUUACUGUUGAGCUCUAUUGCACACAUACAGCAGCUUGCAUCUUUUACUAUUUAGCCACUACAAUUCCUGAAAGCCAAGAAGGCUACACAUGGAUUGGUAGCUUGACGUUAGGAGACUAUAGUUAUUCCCACUUUAGGGAAAUCGAUAUUUGGAAGAGGUAUACAACCUCUCUAUACUUCUCCAUUGUCACCAUGGCUACUGUCGGAUAUGGGGAUAUACAUGCUGUCAAUAUGCGGGAAAUGAUAUUCAUUAUGAUUUAUGUCUCGUUUGACAUGAUUCUGGGUGCUUAUCUGAUCGGUAAUAUGACUGCAUUGAUAGUUAAAGGCUCUCAAACAGAACGAUUUAGGGAUAAAAUGGCAGAAGUAAUGAAAUAUAUGUACAGAAAUAGGCUUGACAGGGACCUUCGUAAUCAGAUUAAAUCUCAUCUGCGUCUGCAAUACGAAAGUAGCUAUACUGAGGCUUCUGUUUUGAAUGACAUUCCCAUUUCUCUUCGAGCAAAGAUUUCCCAAACAUUGUACAUGAAGUACAUAGAAAAUGCUGCAAUUUUUAAAGGAUGUUCUAUAGCAUUCAUGAAUCAGAUUGUGACCAGAGUUCAUGAAGAAUUUUUCCUUCCUGGUGAAGUGAUAUUGGAGCAGGGAAAUGUAGUAGAUCAAUUAUAUAUUGUCUGUCAUGGAAAGCUGGAGGAGGUAGUCAUUGAGCAAGAUGGGUCAGAAAAGACGAUUUCACAUCUUGAACUUAAUAGCACUUUUGGACAAAUUUCCAUUUUUGGCAACAUCCCUCAGACUUGUACAGUCCGAGUUAUUGAUCUCUGCAGGCUUCUGCGGAUAGACAAGCAAUCAUUGAGUAAUAUUAUUGACAUAUACUUCUAUGAUGGGAAAAAAAUCUUUGACAAUCUCCUUGAGGGCAAUGAUGGAAAGUUCAACUUCAAGGAAAUUGAAUCAGAUAUCGCAUCUCACAUAGAACAACAUGAAUCGGAACUUGCUCUCAAAGUAAAUAAUGCUGCAUACCGUGGUGAUCUUUAUCAGCUAAAGAAUUUGAUAGGUGCUGGAGCUGAUCCAAAGAAGACAGAUUACAAUAAAAGAUCUCCUCUGCAUAUUGCAGCAUCUCAAGGACAUGAAAACAUUAUUCUUUUUCUUAUUCAAGAAGGCGCUGAUGUCAACCAGUCAGAUGAUUUUGGAAAUACACCCUUACUAGACGCUGUGAAAAAUGGACAUGACCGAGUUGCUGAGUUAUUAUACAGAGAAGGAGCUAGAAUUGAUUUAAAAGAUGUUGGUACUUUUCUCUGUACAGUUGUUCUAAGCGAAAAUCUGGAAUUUCUGAAAAGACUUGUGAACAAUGGAGUUGAUCCAAACUCUAGAGAUUAUGAUCGUAGAACUCCACUUCAUGUUGCUUGUUCUCAUGGGUUAUAUUUGAUGGCAAAGUUUCUGGUAGAGGCUGGAGCUCUUGUUUUAUUGAAAGACAGAUGGGGCUACACACCACUGGAUGAAUCCAAGAUGUGUGGACAUAACAGUUUGAUAAAGCUACUGGAAUCUGCAAAAUCUACUCAACAGUCUGAAUUUGGUGACCACGAUGAAGAAAUUCCUGAUAAGAAACUCCAUAAGAAAUGUACAGUGUUUCCAUACCAUCCAUUUGAUGCCAAAGAGAACAGAACACCAGGGAUCGUUCUAUGGAUUCCACGGACAAUAGAUGAGCUGGUAAAGGCAGCAUCUGAAAAGUUAAACAUCCCAACUGAUUCUUGUGUUUUAUCAGAAGAUGGAGGUAAAUUACUUGAUAUAGAAAUGAUUGAUAACGGUCAGAAGUUGUAUCUGAUAAGUGAAACAGAAUAGGACUGAAAAGAUUGGAUAGAUCCGAAGAAGGUUGCCUCAUGAGCUGAUGGUUGGCACGAACAUAUGUGAAUCAGUGAAUGUACUAGCUUAUUUAAAGUGAUUGAACUGCUCCAAUUCCGUGGAUUGAAAGGUCAUUGAACGAUAUACAUAUUUGUUGGGAGCUAUGUUUAGUAAUUCAAGAGUUGCAAACUUGCAACUGAUUAUUAUGAACUAUGUAAAUUGUAGUUUACCUUUUGAAAGACAUCAAUUAAUAAAAACUACAAUUGCACAAUGUUUUUUAUACACAACAUUGUCAGGUAUACUAUCAUACGAAGUACUUCAUAUAUAUUAAUACUAAUCUGCUGUAUGAAUUAUGGAUUUUAUGUACUUUAUCAUGGAAAUUAAGCCUUAGCUUAUGUUAAUUACCCCAAUU